AUGAUCAUUGAUAGUGGAAGUUAUGAAAACGUAGUUUCUCAAGAAGUGGUGGACAAACUCAAUCUUCCGGUGGAGGAACAUUCCCAUCCUUAUUCUCUAUCUUGGUUCAAGAAAGGCAAUGAGAUCAAGGUUACCAAACGGUGCUUGGUUUCAUUUUCUAUCCGACAAAAAUACUUUGAUGAAGCAUGGUGUGAUAUACUGCCUAUGGAUGCUUGUCACAUUCUACUUGGGCGACCUUGGCAAUAUGACCGGCAAUCUUUGUAUGAUGGCAAACGAAACACCUACACCGUUGUCAAGAAUGAUAUACGGUUUACCUUGCUUCCAAUGAAGGAAAAGGUUACUUCCAAAGAUGUUUCCAAGUCAUCUCCUAGUGCCACUACGUUGCUUGCUUCCAAGGAGUUUGUGGAAGAAAGUCGGGAUUUUGGGAUUGUAUUGGUGUUGGUUCCGAUUGUCCACACGGGUGCUUCUAGAGAAAAGGUUGAGGUGGCUACUCUUUUGGAAAAGUAUUCCGAUGUCUUUCCCCGAGAGCUUCCUCCCAAUUUGCCUCCUAUGCGUGACAUUGAACAUCGUAUUGAUUUGGUCCCCGGGUCAGCGCUUCCAAACAAACCGGCCUAUCGCAUGUCUCCAAAAGAGAAAGAGAAGUUGCAACGGAAAGUAGAAGAGCUUUUGGCUAAAGGCUAUAUCCGGCCUAGCCUUAGCCCCUGUGGUGUUCUGGCGCUUUUGACACCUAAGAAGGAUGGCUCUUGGCGUAUGUGUGUGGAUAGUCGUGCCAUCAACAAGAUUACCAUCAAGUACCGCUUUCCAAUUCCAAGAUUAGAUGAUAUGUUGGAUUGCUUGUCGGAUCAAAGGUGUUUUCUAAGAUUGAUCUUAGAAGCGGGUAUCAUCAAAUCCGCAUCAAGCCCGAUGAUGAGUGGAAAAUGGCCUUUAAAAUGCCUCAUGGCCUAUUUGAGUGGCUUGUGA